ACAGGCACCAGUUGAUCGGCAUGUAAAGGUCCGAUCCUGUCACUGGGUAUCCUUUUCACAAUUGGAUUAGCAACUGCCCUGGCAAUCUACUUGCAUUUUUCUAGAGAGAGAGAGACAGAGGUUUGCCUUACUUGCUCCGACAUAGAAACCCAUUCCACAGUGAUACUCCAUCAGCUCCGGCCGACUUUUCGUGAGGGGGAGACCAUCCAUAAGUAGCUCCUAGUUCUUUGUUUAGUUCGUCAGAAAAAAUCUUGCUCGUCUUUCGUUCAGUGCCCAGCUGUUGCCGAUAAUAAGUGAUUCACUGGUGAAUGAUUGUCUUUUGACUUUGUCGAGUAUUUUUACGUCAAACAGUUGAUUGAAAACAAAAAUCAAGCAACAAUUAUGCCAAGCAAUAAUUUCGGGUGGAGUUUGUCCGAUACUGUGGAAAAUCCUCGACGGACAGGCUUAGCUAAUUUCCGAUACAAGCUUCUACAAUACCAGUCUAAUGUCACGAGAUCCGAUGACGAUGAAGACCUGCCGACUAAGACCCAGCACCGUCUUGUAUCGGAUGAAACGACUGCAUAUGGACUAGUCAAUGGCCCGUCCGAUUUCCCAUUCAGCCGAUCGGUGAAACCCUAUUACGGACGCGAACCUUCCGUUUCUCAGUGGUCCGACAGUUGUUUCGGCUCCGAAUACCCAUCGCUCACCAGCACAGGUUCACCCGAGCCGGAAAUCCUUGAAAUGAACACAGAACGUGCGAGACCUUGGAUCAACUUAUCAGAAGCGAAUCAAUCGACUGGUUGGAUGGCGACGACGGACGACGUGCCUCGUACAUCGUCAGGACCGCCGUCGACGACGUCAACGGACGUCUGGCGGGGUUCCAUUCAUUACGCUAAGGCAGUGAUGGAACGUCGUGAGGGAGAGAUUUCCAGCUUGUUUGAUCAGCUGCACGAAAUCGAGGACGAUUUGACGUCGAUGAACAAUCAGGUCGGACAGGUCAGCUCUACACUGCAGCAAUGUAGCCAACGACGAAGGCUAGUUCGAGCACAGCAUGCCGCAUCAUCCCUUUAUCAAUCUCAAUCCGUCUCUUCUUUGCAUAGUCAGCAAAACUCAUCGCCCUUUUCUUCUUUCACGAGUCAACAACAAAGACGAUCAAAUUGCGCCUGGUCCUGCCGUAAUCUCGACAGUCUUACCGAAGACGAAAUGGCUGAUAUUGUUCAUCGACUUUUGACACGAAUCUGUGAAUUUACUCUGGCACGUCAAGAAGGCCGGAAAGAUAUUCCUUUAAUUGUUUAAAAGUAUUUACUUGACUGAGCGACUGAAUUCUUUUAAUUUAUUAUGGAGUGCAAAUUCUUGUUAAUUGAGCAACAAUAUUCGUGUUUCGUUUUCUACGCUGUUUCCUGUACGUUUUUUCAGUUAUGGCAUAACAAGUACCUGUGAGGCUGGUGGCCUGUCCAAAUUAGUACCCAACCAAAAUAAAUACCAUUCGAUGGUUGUGUCCUCAAUUUUCGCCCAUGACGUCAAAUGAAAAUCCUACAGACU